AGAAGCCGGGGCGGGGAUUCGUGCAGCUACUUAACGUGAAGUGCAGUUUUCAUUGCACGCAGGUCACAGGCAGACGAGCUACAGAAGAAGGGAAGCGCAGAUGGAAAACGAGGAGCUCUGAGUGCUCAUCUGGGGGAAACGCAAGAUCCUGCCUUCCAUGUCUUUACUCUGCCCCGUCAUUGAUGGGAAAUCAACUAGAUCGGAUCACCCACCUGAAUUACAGCGAACUGCCCACUGGGGACCCAUCAGGGAUCGAAAAGGACGAGCUGAGGGUCGGAGUAGCCUAUUUUUUCUCGGAUGAAGAAGAAGAUUUGGAUGACAGAUCGCAACCGGAGAAUUACAAAGAUCGCAGUCCGGGCGAGGACGGUCACCUAGUCCUAAACGAGAUCGAGUACUCUGCUUUCUGUUGUCAGGAAUGCAUUUUCUCCAAAUUGCGAGAAAACGAAGACUUACAUAUUUACUCAAUUACAUCUUUGUUGUCCAUGUGCAAGCCAGGGGACCUCCUGGAACUUGUUUAUGUCACCAGCGAUCAACCCCCGCACUGGGCGGUUUACGAAGGGAAUGGCUUCAUCAUUCAUUUGCACAAAGGGGAAAUCCGCAAAGACAGCUUGUACGAGAUCAGUAACGGACGACUGGGCAGGAUAGUUAAUAACUGGUACCGGUACAGACCCCUGCCAGCCGACCUUGUCAUGCAGAACGCCUGUGGCCACCUGGGGCUCCGGAGCGACGAGAUCUGCUGGCUGAACUCGGAAAGUUUUGCUGCGUGGUGCAGAUUUGGCAAAAGGGAGUUUAAAGCCGGAGGGGAGGUGCAGACUGCAGACCAACAGUAUUUUCUUAAGAUUCACCUCUCGGAAAGCAACGUGCACACGUUGAUGUUUCGCAGUUUGGAGGAUUUAAUACGAGAAAAACGGAGGGUGGACGCAAGAGGCAAGCUUCGGGUGCUCAAAGAGUUAUCCAUAGUCAAUGGGAAGCAGUAGCCCGGAGGCAGCUGUACGAAUCAAUGGGAAAACACAAGAGUGUGACCUGUUGGGACUUGCAUGCCACAUACAAGAGCUGCUGCGCCACUCGUUUAGGGGCAUUGUUCUCUCUGUCAUUCUUUUUAUUUCCUGUUUGGAGAUAGAAUGUGCCACACAUACAGUAUUAAGAAUAAAAAGACCCAGUGUGCCAUUUCUGCAUGGGUGUCAACGUAACUGACAGGCAGCAGAGGUUUCAAGACGGCUCAGCCCCCGUCUUUAAAUCGUCUGCAUUGUGUUUUAAUGUGUCUUUUUCUUAAAUCCAUGUUUUAGAUAGACAUUCCAAUAGAACUACACAAGUUGAUGCCUCUGCUUGAUUUGGCUUAACAGCCUGUAAAUGGGCAAGUCAGACUCUGCAGUGAGUGAUCCUGCAAACCUGGCAGAUUAAUAAUGCAAGAAAGGAUUGUGUUAGCGACAGAUCAAAAUGCGUGAAGGAGGACAGACACACUAGGAGUGUUUAUUGCAAAUCUUGAUUUAUGACAAGCCAUGACAGUUUUGUGCUCCCAAGAGGAGCAGAUUAAAUUAUCCUUUUAUUUCUGUUCUGAAUCUCAUAUUUUUGUAUUUUUGAAGCAAAUAAAUCCUUUGUUUCAUUUUCAAAUAAAAGAAUGACUCCUACUAAUUCAGUACUCUGUUAUGCUCUUUAAAAUGUUAAGUGUGCAUUUUCGUGCUGUACUGAUUUAUUGAACUGUUCUGGAAAGAACAACUAAUUGAACAAACUGCAUGGUUACAGAGUGAGUAAACUAUCUCAAUAACAGCAAUAUUUAAUGUCUGCAUAGACUCAGUGCUUCUAUCUGUAUCCUAUAUGGACACAAUGUAUAAUUUAGUCUAUCUUACUUGAUUUGGCUUGUUAAAAAUAUAGUAUCACGUAAACAGAUCUUCAAAAAACAUUUUAAAGGCUCUGGUUUCCAGAAUGUGAUCAUUUUUAUCAUUUAAAUACUAAUUUUGAACAAGUGACAGAUAAUAUCAAACUAACAAUAUUUCAAAUAAUAAAUGAACAUAUUGUUGAAUGCAUUUAGCUAGAGAAGGAGAUGGCUACAAUAAUAUGCACACAGCUCCAGAAUUACAUUGUCUGAGGUGUAUGCCAACAUAAAUAAUAAUAUUCUUGAGUAAAAGCAAGUAAGUACAUUUUUAUAGUUUAAAAGAGCAUAAAUGUGUUUCCAUCAUGUUUAACAUUUAUAGAAGCAGUUAAAAUGUAUGCUGCUUGUAUUUACAAUGAGAACUGAGUUUUACCAAAGUGGGUUGUUUGCUUUUUUAAAUUUAGUGUGAAUGAACUGUAUGUUCGACAUCUGUCUGUUUGUGUGGGCUUAUAUAGUCAUUGUUUGGUUUGCUGUGUUUUAAUUAUUAUAUAAUCCAUUAAUUAUAUCCAUCCACGUUUUAAUGCACUUAUUAAGUUUAGAGUUGCAGGGAUCCCAGAAGCAUUGGGCACAAGGCAGGAACCAACCCUCCCUGAACUGGAUGUAAAUCCAUAAAGCAGUGUGUGUGUGUGUUUGUGGCCUUGUGGGCCUACCCAUGAGUUUGUAUUUUUGUUUGUAUUGAAAUGCAUUCAGCUUUUAUAAAAGAUAGCAAAUUCAGCAGUUUGGUAA